AUGUUCCCCGAGCUGCCUGCACCUUGGCUGCUCCUCUUCACCUGGCUCCCAGCAGGGUGCCUGUCCUUGUUGGUGACAGUCCAGCACACGGAGCGCUAUGUCACCCUGUUUGCUUCCGUCAUCCUCAAAUGUGACUACACCACCUCUGCCCAGCUCCAGGACGUGGUAGUGACGUGGCGCUUCAAGUCCUUCUGCAAGGACCCUAUCUUUGACUACUACUCUGCAUCUUACCAGGCAGCUUUAUCCCUGGGCCAGGACCCAUCCAAUGACUGCAAUGACAGCCAGCGGGAGGUUCGCAUCGUGGCUCAGAGGCGAGGGCAGAACGAACCUGUGUUGGGGGUUGAUUACCGGCAGCGCAAGAUCACCAUCCAGAACCGAGCAGAUCUUGUGAUUAAUGAAGUGAUGUGGUGGGACCAUGGAGUGUAUUACUGCACCAUUGAGGCUCCAGGGGACACAUCAGGAGACCCGGAUAAGGAGGUGAAGCUCAUUGUCCUGCACUGGCUGACAGUGAUCUUCAUCAUUCUGGGAGCCCUCCUCCUGCUCCUGCUGAUCGGAGUGUGCUGGUGCCAGUGCUGUCCUCAGUAUUGCUGCUGCUACGUCCGCUGCCCCUGCUGUCCCGCCCGCUGCUGCUGCCCCGAGGAAGCCCUGGCUCGCCACCGGUACAUGAAGCAGGCUCAGGCCCUAGGCCCUCAGAUGAUGGAAAAACCCCUAUACUGGGGGGCGGACAGGAGCUCCCAGGUUUCAUCUUAUCCAAUGAACCCGCUGCUGCAGCGAGAUGUGUCCCUGCGAUCCAGCUUCCCACAGAUGCCAGUGAGCCAGACCACUGCUCACCCUCCCAUCACCAAUGGUGUCCUAGAGUAUUUGGAGAAAGAGCUGCGGAACCUCAACCCAGCCCAGCCUCUGCCUCCUGACCUCAAAGCCGUAUCUGGCCAAGCCUGCAGCAUGCUGUCCUCCCUGGACUCUGAGGUUGUGGAACGCAGAAUCAUCCACCUACCUCCACUGAUCAGAGACCUGCCAUCCUCACAGAGGACCAGCAACUCCUCCCGCCAGCCGUGGCUCACCCCAAUUCCUCCUGGACCCUGGGAUCUGAGGGAGGGGAGAAGGCAGCCCCACUACUCUGAUUUCCCCCAGGAGUUCCAGUACCGGGAGCCUAAGCGCCGGGCAUUGGAGGGACGGGAGCUGAAUCACCUUCGGAGGGGAAGGCGCCACUGCUCCGGGCUGCGCGGGUCACCCACGCCCUGGUCAGACAGGGACAGCCUCAGUGACGGCCCCUCAUCCAGUGAGGCCCGCUGGUGGCCCAACCACCCACCUGCCCGGAGCCACCACUCAGGCCGACCCCACAGGCCCGGCACCCGGGAGAAUGCCCAGAGGCCCCGGAGGCGCAGGCCCCGCAGCUACUCCCCUCCCUUGCCUUCUGGUCUCAGUUCCUGGAGCUCUGAGGAGGAUGAGAAGGAGAGGCAGGCGCGGAGCUGGGAAAGCCACCGCCGCAGCUCACACCCCUCAAACUGGCCUGAGGAGAAGCCGCCCAGCUACCGCUCACUGGAUGUCAUGCCAGGCAAGAAUGGCAGGAAAAAAGGGAGUGUGGAGAGGCGCCCGGAAAGAGACAGCUCCCAUAGUGGAAGGAGUGUGGUCAUUUAGUCACCGGGCCCAGCACUACUUCUUUGGCUACUUCUCAGCUCUGUAUGUCAUCAACAUCACCUAGAUGCCUAACUGACUUGGGAGGGACUCUACAACUUCAUAUCUAUCAAUUUUGGCUUAGAUUCUGAGAAUGAAAUAGAAGAUAUGAAAAUCAAAAGUUUGAGGAAUUAAUGAUGAUAGUGUUAGCUUUGGCUCACACUCUGAGCCUUUAGAGUAUCUGACAUGUAAUGGACCCUAACUGGGAUGUGAUCCCUCAGGAACUUAGUAGCUGGAGUCUUCAACUAGGUUACCCAGAUUGGAACGAUGGCCAUUUUCAAAGUGAGAAACUCAGGAAUCUUUAAGAAGAAAUCAAACAUGUUUCAGGUACAGGAAAUUUAUUGAAUAGUAUACGGAAAAUUUCCAUGGGAACUUGUCUCUGUCUCUAUAGCAUACCUCCCUAUUAGGAGUACACUUUGCGUAGCCAUGCCCAGUCCUGAGUGCUGUUGAGGGUCAAGUCAGAGAUGGCAUGGGAAAUAUUCCAGCAAUGUGCUUUCUCGUGGGUUAUUUAUCCAAGUGUCAAAAAUCACAAGAAGCAAUUUUGCACCAAACUUAUUCCUGUUCCAUGUUUUCUUUAUGGUCUUUUUUUUUUUUUGCCUAUAUCUAAUUUAUAUAUUCUUAUAUAUUAUGUAUACAUUAAAAUCACUUUGAAUGCUUCUUGGGAACAACAUAGUUACAUAAAUAAAUUAGAAAGAAAAUGUAUUGACCUAAGGAUUCUGCCCCAAAUAAAUAUCUACUUUGAUGCACUUAA